AUGGUAAACAUACAGGCAUUGGAACCGAAGUUGAUCGGAGGAAUAAUCAAAUACAUCGAAUGUCCACUUAAUUUAAUACUAGCAUGUAAAAUAAUACAUAAAGUUUCGUCAAUACCAUGGGUACGUGCGGAAUGGGCCAUAAAUAAGUUUGGCCGGGCUCAUGUUCUCUUCCAUUCAGUAAGACUUGGCCCAAAUUUCAUAAAUGUUGAAGUUGUGGAUAAAAUCCUGGAAAAUGGUGGCGUCUUAUCUCGAUACUUCAUCCAGAGACUAGUGAUGCAUUUUGGGAGAUAUGACACGAAACUUAUUGAACUGAAAAUCGAGCAUAACAUUGGCCAAAUCGAUGCUGAUCGCAUUAGGAGUUUUCAACAAAAAAUAAAAUCCCCUUGGGCCAGUAAUCUACCACUUUCGGUCUUUACUCAUUUGAUUAUAGUGGCAGAGAAAAAAUUUGGAGAAUUAACUGCUAAAGGAAACGAUAUGGAACUAUUUCAUUUUCUAUCAGCCGGCCCUUAUGUCAUUGGCGAGGCACCUAAAAUCCUGAUUAGUAACAUGAAUAAUAUCGAAGAAUUGAUCCUCAAAAUGCUUUUUGUUCCAUUUCCCCCGAGACCAAAACCUAAAAGAAGUGACCUACACAACUCAUCAGCUAAUAUACACGAAGAAUACCCACCAAAAGAUGGAUACGAAAAUAGCCGACAAUUAAACGUGAUUGCCCGCGCUAUCCUUAUCAACAAAAAUUUGGUGAUCUUAUGGAAAAGCAUCGGAUAUCAUCAAAUCUGUAAUGAUGUAAAUGACCUGGUUAUGCAAGGGGCCCUCCUAAUUCUUUUCCCACCCACUCCAACCACUGGUUAUCGUCGCCCCGACAAAAAAGGAGUAAAAGAGAGAAUCCGCGAACUUAUCAAUCUCGGCUUCGAUUUGACUUACCCUGUUAUUGGAGACAUAAUGCAACUUUUUGAACCUAAAUUAUCCGAUAUCGGUAACAUUCUGCUGGAAUCCUUUAUCGAAAUCAAGAAUGACCCCGUCAACGAGUUCAUGCAUAGGAUCUUAAUAGAGUCAAUCAAACCAGAACGCAAUUUUAAGAAACACGACCUAUGGAAGUUCCUGAACCAAAAAUUGGAAAAGAUUUAUGAUAGAAAGGAUGCACAAAACAAUACUGGUAACAAGGUAUUGAAAAAGAUGGAUGACCAUUUGAGCACGAAAGUAAAAAAUCUAAUUGGUAAGGUGGAAUUUCAAGAAAAGGCAUUGAAAAGGAUGGAUGACCAUUUGAGCACGAAAGGAAAAAAUCGAAUUGGUAAGGUGGAAUUUCAAGAAAAGGCAUUGAAAAAGAUGGAUGACCAUUUGAGCACGAAAGGAAAAAAUCGAAUUGGUAAGGUGGAAUUUCAAGAAAAGGCAUUUCUAGAUGUCAUGGAUAGAUAUGUAGAAAGUGCCGAUAAACCUACCGGAACUUCUUUGAUAUUCACACCUAAAUUUUACGAUUGGGUUUUGGAAACUUUUGGAGCUGAAGCUAAAAUCACCAAGAGGUGCUUUGAUGAUAUUCUCAAGACGCGCGUUAACAUUGAUAAACAAUUGGUACAAACUCUAGAUACUAAGGUUCAAGAAUGCACCUAUGAAGCUAUAUCAAACAUAUGGAAUAUUUAUUGUAAUAAGCAUGUAUCUUUUGAACAUAAGCACAUGCAGCAUCUUUCUCAGGCAGCGCAUGAAGACAUUCUCAAUCCACUAUUCAAAGGCUUCCUAUGGAGACUAUUUAAAUUGGAUCCGACCCAUGAUCACAAGGCGGUCACACCCUCAGCAACCAAAAAACAGCAUGAUGACUUAAGCACAUCAAUGAUAUGGUACGGUUAUCUUGUGAAUUUGAAAGAUCACCUGAUGAUAUCUGGUGAUAAAUUAGCAACAAGAGAGUUUAAACAAUCUUUGGAAUCAUUUUUGGAUGUUCUUGAAAGUUCGGAGUUUAAAAAAGAAAGCAAGAAAAGAAAGCAGAGAUUAGUGGUAAAUCAAUCUAGAAAGCGACGGAGGAAGAAGGAAACAUAG